GUGUACGCAUUGCUUGAAAUCCGUAAAAAGGAGAUUGUCGCUGGAGCGUCAUCAGAGCCUCACGAUGCUUCACUCCACGGCUGUGCGGCGUAUUAAUAUGCGCGUCCCAACCAGCGAUGAGAUCGAGAGCGAUAUGCUGAUAAACCGCCUGCGACGCUCCAAGGUGCGCAAUCCAUUUUCCCUGAGGGCCCUCACCGGCACGAGGCUUCAGGGCUUCGCCGCCGCCGGUGGCAUCAUCCUCGGCGCGGCCGUCUUCUUAGGUCCGUGGAUGCUGGAGGAAUAUCGGGAGAUGCUUGGCAACAAGUUUGUGCCGUUGCCGCCGUCGCAGAUGCCGCAUACCUCGCCGGAGUGGUGGGAGAACGAGUGGCGCAAGAUGAACUCCACCUGGCGCGCUGGUGAGUCGACGCGGGACUUUUUCGUUGGCCCCUACAGCUUUGUAAAGGAGCAGACCGGGCGGGACUUGUCAUCUGCGAUGGACUUUGUGCGCACCUCGCCAACCGCCGGAUCGUUGUCGAGCAGCGGUGGUGGCAACAGCAGCAGCGGCAAUGCUGCUGGAGGUCACGGCCUUUUGAGUCGUGGGGUCCAUCUUUUCUACCGCUCUACCGCGAAGCCGUCCCCCGCUGUGACUUUCUCGUCUUCUUCGCCAGCGAGUUCCCAUGCUACGCCGUUGGUGCCGCCGGACGCCCCGCAGAUGCUCGUGCCGCUCUGCGGUGACUCGCCCAUUCUGCGCACCGCCGCCCUGCAGGGGUUCGAGGUGGACGGCGUGGACUCCUCGCAGACGGCUCUACGCAGCGCGGUGGAGCGCUCCGAGGAGGGCCUGCCGGUGGAGCGGUUUCGGCAGAUUCACCUGCACUGGAAGAACUUCUUCGCGCCGGAGCUGUGGGAGGGUCCGCUGAAAGGCAAGAAGUACGACGUGAUUUACGAGCGCCAGGGCAUGACCUCGCUGAACCGGGAACAGCGACCCGACUACGCCUACCUGCUGAAGCGUGCCUUAAAAGACGAUGGACUGAUUUACGUGGAGGGCAUAUUCCGCACAGGGCGUGUAAAGGGCAAUAAACUGCGCGGCCCGCCCUACUCGCUCUCCAAGAAGGAGCUGGAGCAUCUGUUCCCGCUUGAUGAAGGCUUCUACGUGCGGUGUGAGGAGAAGACGGAUGCAAUGCAGCUGCUCAGCCGUGAGAAUCGCAUCUUGAAGCGGGUGCCGAAGGAGCUCUACGUUACCCCGUUUCGCUGCGCCGUUUUCCGUGAGGCGGCUGUCAACUUAGCCACACGCGCGGAGCCGCUACAGCAUCCAGAGCCGCCCGCGCUGACGCCGUCCGUGGAUCAGUUUACGUGGUGA